UCUGCAGUUUUCAUCUGUAGCUUUAUGGUGGCAGCCCCAAUAUUUGGCUACCUUGGUGACCGUUUCAACAGGAAGAUUAUUCUUAGCUGUGGGAUCUUCUUCUGGUCAGCCAUUACCUUCUCCAGCUCCUUCAUCACUGAACAGUAUUUCUGGCUGUUUGUCCUCUCCCGAGGUUUGGUUGGCAUCGGUGAAGCUAGUUACUCCACCAUCGCUCCUACUAUCAUUGGAGAUCUCUUCACCAAAAACACUCGGACACUUAUGCUGUCGGUCUUUUACUUCGCAAUCCCUCUGGGCAGUGGCUUAGGAUAUAUCACUGGAUCAAGUGUCAAGCAAGUAGCUGGGGAUUGGCACUGGGCCUUGCGGGUUUCUCCACUUUUAGGCAUGAUCACGGGGACGCUGAUCUUAAUAUUUGUACCGGCUGCUAAGAGAGGCAAUGCUGAGCAACUGGGGGCCCAGCUGAAGGCCCGGAGCUCCUGGCUGAGGGACAUGAAGGCCUUGAUAAGAAAUCGCAGCUACGUGUUCUCCUCCCUGGCAACCUCCGCUGUUUCCUUUGCCACGGGGGCUUUGGGGAUGUGGAUCCCUCUUUACCUGCAUCGGGCCCAGGUUGUUCAAAAAACAGCAGAGAUUUGCACUUCACAGCCCUGUGGGACCAAAGACAGCUUGAUCUUUGGAGCCAUCACUUGCUUCACUGGAUUUCUGGGUGUGAUCACUGGGGCUGGAGCUACCAAGUGGUGCCGGGUGAAAACACAGAGAGCGGAUCCUCUCGUCUGCGCCGUCGGGAUGCUGGGAUCGGCCAUCUUCACCUCCUUGAUUUUCGUUGCGGCCAAGAACAGCAUUGUGGGAGCCUAUGUCUGCAUUUUUAUUGGUGAGACCCUUUUGUUUUCAAACUGGGCCAUCACAGCUGACAUACUUAUGUAUGUGGUUAUUCCUACACGCCGAGCAACAGCAGUAGCUUUGCAGAGCUUCACCUCGCACCUUUUGGGAGAUGCUGGAAGUCCCUACCUGGUUGGAUUUAUCUCGGAUGUGAUACGGCAGAGCACAAAGGAAUCUCCGCUCUGGGAAUUCCUCAGUUUAGGCUACGCGCUCAUGCUGUGCCCCUUUGUUGUGGUCCUGGGGGGGAUGUUUUUCCUGGCGACAGCCCUCUUCUUCCUAAGCGACAGAGCCAAAGCCGAGCAACAGGUAAACCAACUUAUGAUGCCUCCAACCUCAGUGAAAGUUUAAUGCGCUGACAUCUCGGGCAAUGAAGGCAAUCUUUCGUAGCUGCCACUAAACCCCAAAAUGAGCACCCGUGGAGACACCCCCCUCAUCCCCUGCCCCCAUGCUUUGAGCCAGAGGAAAUCCAGACUCUCAGACACAAAGGGUUGGUGGUGUUUCAGCAGAAUGAAGGGGUCCUCUGGACACACAGGGAGGCUUGUGGUCUACAGAAGUAUGGACAACUCGCUCCCAAUCUGGGUGGAUGCUUCUGGCUGGUUCUUUUACCCUCCGUCUCCAAAAGGAAACAUCUAGAGAACUGAAUAUACAACUUUACUUUCAGCCAAAGAAGACACCCACUUCUGCUAAUGGAGUAAACAUCUAACACUGUUUAACACCCUUGCUUUGGUCAGCAAUCCUGUCUUCAGGUAGAGACAUUAUUCCAGCUCCACAAAAGCAAUGUUUUGCCUUCUGGUUACAGCCCCCCAGAUACCUUUUCUACUCUCAAAUGACGUUAAUAGGAUACCGUUUUUUCUGCAGGACACCAAAAAGAUUGGAUUGGAUGGAUAGCUGUUAUUUUUUUGCUUUAAAUAAGAGUGUCAUUUGCACUAGCAGUUUACUGCUGGAGCUACCUCAGACCUACCAAUAACGUUUGUUUUUUGGACCAGCAUGACUUGGGGAUUUUAGUUUUCCAUGGGGAAUUUCAGAUUUUUUUUCAAGCCUCUUGAGGAACAGGGAGACAUGACAACAAAA